AUGCAACAUCAACAACAACAACAAAGUAGAAUAUCUAUUGUGAUUGAUUGUUUGAUGCCAUCGUGGAACGAAGGGUUACCAGUGACUGGCCAGACAUCACCACAACUAUCAUCACAACAACAACAGAGAAAAGAGCUACCCAUACAGAUACAACGAACAGUUGCAUCACACAUUAUAGAAUCAGUCAUAGAGUAUAGUCGUAUCCUAUACGACCUAUUCAAUGACACCACAUCCAUAUCAAUCUUUUCAUCACUUGAUCAAGCAUCAUGUAUCAAUGGUAGAGACACUCAAGAACAAUCAUUAAGAUUUAUGGUACAAUCAAUAUCAAAUAUAAACAAAAUAUUAAAUUAUAAUAUUGGUAAACCAACACCAACCUAUUCAUCAAGACCAUUUCAUCAAUACCUUGAAUCAUCGAUUGAAUCAUUACUACAUCAAGAUGAAAAUACUCUUCAAAGUAAACCAUUCACAAUGAAUAAUAAUAUUGUAGUACUUGUAUUACCUGAUCAAGAUGGUAUUGGAUUAACUCAAUUUAAAUCAGAUAACAAAAUAUAUGAUAUCCCCAAAGAAUCACAAUUGAUAAUUGAUAAAUUAAAUGUACAAGCUUUUAAAAAGAGUAAUAUUGGAAAUAAUAAUAAUAAUAAUAAUAAUAAUGGUGGAAAUGAUUCAUUUGGACAUUUAACAAUUCAAAAGUGCGAAUUGGUUGUAUUUAAAAUAAGAUCUGGAAAUGGAAAGAAACAACAACAACAACAACAACAACAAUCUACUCAAGAUGAAUCAUACUCUUAUCAAAGAGUAUCAAAUCAAUUGGAUUGUUUUGCAAAAGAUUGCGAUGAGUCGUGUCACGCCACUACACGUGACGAGCAGUCCGAGUGUAUGUUUGAUGAAGCAUAUAUGCGGGGGUCGACCAGUCUUUCUCGUGACGUUGCCUGCCGAGGACAUCCACACGUACGUGCUGCAGCUGCACAGCAACCAUGUCUACCUCAACACGCUACACUCACCACUCGAUAUUGCUUCCAUUACACGCUCUCACCCGAGCCUGCUGAUCAGUUACGCCAAAUCCUCACGCAUUUCUUUAACUUGGCGGCACUCAACGAGCAAGCCCUAUUUCCACACAUCACCAAAGCCAACAUUCGCAAGGAAUACUAUAAAAAGUUGAUCCAUGAACUCUACUUUUUUUCUAAAACCUGUCUAACCACUCAACUCCAUUACGAUGUAUUCCUAAUCAUCGAAAGAGUUUAUUGUCAAAUGACAAAUACUCAACCUUCUCCACCUCCUCCCCAUAUUUUAAAACAACAUCAACAACAAAUUCAACAACAGCAACAAAUGCAACAACAACAAUUACCAAAUCAACAAGGUCAAAAGGGAGGAGGAACAUUGUAUCAAAAUUUCCAACAACAACAAAAUCAACAACAACAAAAUAAUUUCCAAGAUAAUAAUAAUAAUAAUCAAUAUGAUAGAGCUAAAAAGAUGAUUAAAGAGGAUGACCUAAGAAGAGAACGUGAUCGACAGAUGAAAGUUACCAAUCCAAAGAUGGAAUUGGGUAAUGUUGGAGAUGGUUCAACUAGUAGUUUGGUGGAAAUGUUGGAAAAGAAGAGAAAACUAUCAAAUUCUCCACCACCAAAACCAAAUAAUCUAUUCUCCAUGUAUACUGAUAAACAGAAAAAGACUCAAUCCAUAGAGUUGGAUGGUAGAUUAUAA